CAUCACGUUUACAAAUUUUUUGUAAUUUAAUUUUAAAAUAAAUUAGAAAAAAUAUAUUCACUAGAUAAUUAUGAAUAUCUUAGCUGUAUCAAUUAUAUUCUCAGUGUUAUUUCAUAUGCCAGAUGUGAUAGCUUCUUUAGAUAGUGAAGAUGUUCGCAAUUAUUUAGGAACUCGCACUCCUUACAGAUUUAUUUCAAAUAAAAAUGAUUCUAAGAUAAAAUAUCCUAACUGCAAGGAUUCUAAAAUAUGGAUGAUGAUUCGCCAUGGAACAAGACUGCCAAGUGCUAAGGAUAUUUUGGGCAUGAACAGUACGCUUCGGGAUUUGAAAUAUGAAAUUCUGCUCAUGCACAAAAAAGGCAAAGGUGAACUGAAUCUAGAGCAGUUGAAACUGUUAGAAGACUGGUCCAAACACAUAGAUGUUGAGCAGGAGAAGUUCUUGGCUCGGGAAGGUCAAGAUGAGAUGAUACUGCUAGCUGAGAGAAUGCAUAAAAGAUUCCCAAAUGCUAUAAAAAAUAAGUACAAUAAUAAAACAUUCAUGUUCCGUUAUACGGCUACACAGAGAGCGCAGCAAAGUGCAAGAUAUUUCACCAUCGGUUUAUUUGACAAGAAAGAGUCUCAGGGAGUGAUUUUUUCACCUGCAAACAAAGUAGAUCCAGAAUUAAGAUUUUACAAACAUUGUGACAAGUGGCAAAAGCAAGUUAAGAAAAAUCCAGACACAUACGUCGAGCAAAAAUUGUACGGCACAAGUGCUGAAAUGAACAAGACUAUAGCCGCUGUUAGCAAAAAGUUGGGUCUAGAUAAAGUCUUGAGUUUAGGAACUGUGAAUUUAAUGUAUAAGAUCUGCGGAUUUGAAACGUCUUGGAAUAAGCAUCAUUUGUCGCCAUGGUGCAGUGCUUUUGAUCAGGAGAGUGCAGAGGUGAUGGAAUAUUAUCACGAUUUGAAACAUUAUUGGAUGGAUGGCUAUGGCCAUGAUCUGACUUACAGACAAGCAUGUAUGGCGAUCAAAACCAUGUUUGAUAAUUUCAGGUGCCACAAAAGAGACCCUCAUGCUAUAUUCCUGUUCGCACACUCGGGGACUCUACUAAAGAUCCUCACACACAUGCAUCUGUAUAAACCGGAGUCUCCUCUACGAGGCGACGCCAUCGACAGGAAGAGGCCGUGGCGAGCUACCAAUAUUGACUGCUUCGCUUCUAACUUAGCUUUUGUAUUGUACAAGUGCAAAGAUGGCGACCGCGUUUUGACGUUGCACCAAGAGAGAAUAAUAAAGCUGCCGAUGUGUGAGAGCGAGUUGUGUCCCCUGGAGCACCUGAAAGAAUACUUCCACGAUUCCAUUUACAACUGUGAUUAUUCCGACAUGUGCAGCCUUGAUAAAGAUAAUAGUUCUUAA